GGCCUCAUCGACCUCUUCUGCUGUUAUCGGAGGCAUGUCGGCCUCUUCUGCUGCCCCAAAGGAAAGCUCGGCGAUGAUCUCAAGGGAGCAGCUUCUUCACCUAUUCUCUCGCUUCUCCUUCCUUGUCUCCCAACCCGAGGUCAAAAAGAGAAUUGUGGAUGCUGUUAGAGAUAAGCAGGAGGCGGUAGCUAUAACCACAACGAUCCAAGAGGAAGUCUUUUUGGAAAUGGGAAUUGAUCCUAGAUUUGGGGUUGCUUGCUUGGGAAAGGUCCAGGCAGUGUAUGAAAAUGAUAUGGACUUGAUGAUCCAAUUUUAUAGAUUUGUUGCAAACGAAACUGACAGGGAAGAGAUGGCCAUUGAUGAGGCUGAACUCAAGCCAGGUGAGUUUGUGGAUAAAAUGCACCAUCAACACAAGCUUCACGAGCAGCAAUUGGAAAUGCUUAAGAAUAUGCGCAGGUUUCAGCCAGACGUCCAAUCAGGAAUUCUAGAAAGGGUAAUUCUCUUUCUUUCUGUGCCAAGUUAUUACAUUAGUUGCAUGCAUAAAUCUUCAAACCCAUAUUUAGCAUUAGGGCUGUGAAUCCAACUGAAUGGCUAAGGAUCGCU